AUGUCCAUUCUUAGAGGAGAUUUAGCCUAAAUUAAGAUGGGAUAGUAUGUGAUUUUAAGGGAAGAUGUUGUAAUUAGACCUACAUAUACUAAAACUAAGUAAAAAGGUCUCAAAUAUGUUUAGUUAUCUAUUGGAGAUAAUGUUUAUAUUGAUAAGGCCUCUAUCGUUUGUGCAUUGAAAAUUGGAAAUAAUGUCCAUAUUGGAAAGAAUUGUAUUAUUGGACACAGGUCAAUUUUAAGAGAUAAUUGCAGAAUUCUUGAUGGAUCUAUUCUGCCACCAGAUACCAUUGUACCUCCAUUUACUGUUUAUGGAGGACGACCUGCUACUUAUAUUGGUGAGUUACCUGAGACUAUUGGAGUAAUCCACAAAGAUUUGACAACUAAUUUCUAUAAGAAUUUCCAAGGUGUUGAUCCAAGAAGAUAAGGUGGUGGCAAUCAAUAAUAGCAAUAAUAACCAGUAUCAUCAUCUUCUUAACCAUAAAACACCGCAAGAGCACUUGCUGAACAAGAAAGGUAAAAUUGA